AUGAGCGACCCGAAAGCGUGCUGGGAGUGCCACAAGAGACGCCUCAUCUGUGACUUUGCAAGUCCGGCUUGUCAAAAGUGCGAGGCUAGGGGCGUUGCUUGUCCUGGGUAUGGGGAGAAGAAGCCGUUGAAGUGGCUGCAGCCUGGACAGACGAGGUCUAAGGGGAAGAGGGCUAAGAAGGAGGUUAAUGUUAUUAGGCUUACGUUGAAGGAUCCGAGUGAGGCGACGAGUGUCUUUGAAGCAAUCGAAUACUUCAACACUCACAUCUGUCCCGAUCUAGUAGCCAAUGGCGCUGGUGGUGGCUCCAACUGUCCCUUCAUCCUACACCCCUCUGAAGCCCCCUACAUCCCUACGGCCAUCAGACACACCAUGGUGUCGAUUGCGCUAGCCCAUCGUGUCCUGCAGUCGGAGCAAGGGUUUGAGGCCGACAGGGCUUUGUUCUCCACGAGGCUGCAGAAGCAUCGUGGUGCAGCCAUCCGACAUUUGGCGAGUGACUUGGUGCCGGGGUCGCAGCCGGACACCAUCACGUUGGUGUCUAUCCUUACCUUUCUUUUGGCAGAGGUCCAGCAGAGCUUUUCGUCUAGCUGGCGCCAGCACUGCGAUGCCGCCAACACCGUUGUGGAACUUCUUGGCGGGAUGAGUACCAUCUUGCUCUGCUACCCCUUUAUCCGGCCUAUCGUUCGUUACUACAUCCUCAUCGAAAUCUUGAGCACCACGACAGCUCCGGUAGUUGAAGAAGCCCGAGCACGUCGUCAAAUGGAAAUACUCGGCUUCCUACCGAUGGCCUUCAACAUGGGCCUUUUCACCACAGUUCCCUGUGCCCCGGAGCUUCUCGUCGACAUUGUCUUUGUCAACCACCUCCAGUCACAAGCCCAAGCCUACGAAGGAGCCGUAUUCGACACCAACCUCCAAAAAGCCUCUCUAGACUUGCUCCAGAGGAUUCAGUCCUUCUCUGUUGAGAGCUGGGUCACCAGCAUUAAGCUCAACGAAAAGUUGAAUGAAGAUCCUAACAAGCCUUCGAAGCAGCGUCAGGCAAUUUCGUGGGACUGGCAGAGCGUUGCGUAUAUUUACCAGUCUGCCGUUGCCUUGUACUGCAUCUCGUCGCUACUUUAUCCUCAGUAUACCCAGGAUAUGCCCCAGACACUUGACGAAGAUGUCGACAUUGUAGCUAUUCGAUCAGCCUAUCUAGCCACCCUGCUCAGCAACAUCAAGGACAUCGCCUCAGGUUCAAACUUGCAGCUCCGAAAAAUGCUCAUUUGGCCGCUGGUCAUCGCAAGCAUCGAGGUAGACGUGAACGAUGAAGCGUCUAAAAAGCUCAUCUGUGGUGAACUGGCUUGGAUUAGCAAGGUGGUGGGAACGGCUUCGCCACUCGUUGCACACGACUUCUUGUCAAAGCUUUGGAAGUCGAACUGGAUUCCCACUGGGUAUGGGAGAAGAAGCUGGCAUAGCAUUUUUGAUAGGCCGUAUGUGUUUGUCAUGUAA